AUGGCGCCACAGAUAGCUUCGGCAAUAUCAGCAUCAAUGGCGGCAAAGGCGCAAAACACAACUAUUGUUAGCGACAUUGCUGAAUCCCUGCGUAAUUUGCCAGCCGGGAACAAAUUAUCAGUGCGCGUGAUCACCACUGCUGAUCACCAGGUCGACUCGCUAACCCCACAGCGGCGCUUUAGCCACUUUCAUUCAUCAUCGACAAUGUCGCGGCGAACUCUGAUCUUUGUCUCGCAAGGUGAAUGCUUAGUUGCCGGACUCGAGGCUCACGAGUUCACCUCUAUUUCCGUCCAAGUCAGCAGCGGGCAGAAUACGAGCCCAUCGGUGGCUGUCGACGUAUGCAUCGAGAAAGUCGACACCUCGGGGGAGCUUUCCAUCCGAAUGCCACUUGUCAGUGCGCUUAUUGCCGGCUAUAUGCGCUCUCUGCGCAGAUACAGGGCGCCGCUUGGGAUUGACACUGUCAGUGUGCAUUUGUUUGCGCGCGCUCAGCCAGAGUACCUAUUUGCAAAAUCCCAGGGUAAUCCUGGCAAGCGCAUUCUCGACGACUUGGCGCUGAUCAAGUGGUGGCAGGGCACACUGCAGGCAGGCCUUGCCUACGCGAUGGUAAGCGACAAUAGCACCGCAAGUAGCCUGACUGCAAUAGCAAACUGCAUUGUUCCUGGAACAAGCGUAGGCGAGGCUCCUUGGUUCCUGGGCGCCCAGAGCGGAAUACGAGUGUCUGAGGCAGACAAAGCUAUCGAGCAGCUGGCAACGGGCAUGAUGGCAAAGUGCGAUCCCACCGACACCGCAUUGAGUGUUUACAGCAAAGCGCCCCAUACUGUGCAGUGGAAAUGGGGGCUUCCAUACGACGACACCGCUCGCGCUCAUGAUUGUGUUUUGCAGUUCCCAGACGACCCAAUGACCCGCUUGCUCUCGGAACCUCACUCCAGCGCCUGGUCAGUGCACACUCUGCUUGAAAUGCUUUCUGUCAGCGAGGAGUGCGGGUCCGGCCGUCGCACAGCCUAUUUCUCUGCAACCCUGCCUCUCAGAGCACACCUGUCUUGCGCUUCUGCUGAUACUGAUGGCACUGCCGAACAGGGUAAGCCUUCCUUUGACGACUAUGACAGGGCUCUUGUUGCGCUGUUUGACCGCGGUAUGGAUUUUUCUUCGUCUGAUAGCGCGCUCGCUUCGUCUCGGCGCUUCACAGAAUACAUCGAUACACAACUUGGUAUUGCAUCUGUUGCAGUUGAUACCACUGGUGCUGCAGUUGCGCCGAGGCACAGCGAAACCAAGGCAAAGGAAGCUCCCAAAGUCAACGACCUCACUAUGAGCAUUCGCAAAAGCGCAAGGUCACUGAGUAGCUUUGCGAAUAGCAUUUGUGAACAAUAA